AUACAAUAGUGUAUAUGCCUUAAGCUUAUUUGCGGUACUAAUAAUUCUUUACACGCUUAAAGUUGUCGAAUUACCCAUAACCCUUGUUGGGUUUAACCUUUCUGUCGUUGUUAACAUAAAACUUCUUUGUGUUCAACCAAAGAGGUCUAUCAUGUGGAUUUCUAGUCAGAAAAUAUAAGACAUUUUUUAAUAUUUCAUUCUUAUAUUGGCUACAAACACUGGAUAUAUAACGAGCGACAAAUUGAAUUAAAUACAUGUUAAAUACAUGCAAGUGAUUAAAUACUUUGCUAAAAACUAGUGGUUUGAACAAUGGCCAGUGCGACAAGUUCGUCGAAAGGAGAAUUUCACAUAGGUGGAAAAUACAGACUUGUUAGGAAAAUUGGCAGUGGAUCUUUUGGGGAUAUCUAUCUCGCAAUAAAUAUAGCAAAUGGAGAGGAGACAGCUGUCAAAUUAGAAUCACAAAAAGCAAGACAUCCACAAUUGUUAUAUGAAAGUAAAUUGUACAAAAUUCUUCAGGGAGGAGUUGGCAUUCCACAUAUACGAUGGUAUGGACAAGAAAAGGAAUACAAUGCACUUGUUAUGGAUUUAUUGGGACCAAGUCUGGAAGAUCUCUUCAAUUUUUGUUCAAGAAGAUUCAGUAUGAAAACCGUGCUCAUGUUAGCUGAUCAGAUGAUCAACAGAAUAGAGUAUGUCCACAAUAAGAAUUUCAUCCACCGUGAUAUAAAACCUGACAACUUCCUCAUGGGUAUUGGAAGGCAUUGUAAUAAAGUAUUUUUAAUAGACUUUGGCUUAGCCAAAAAAUAUCGGGAUAGCCGAACUAGACAACAUAUACCCUACAGAGAAGACAAAAAUCUCACUGGAACUGCCAGAUAUGCUAGCAUUAAUGCACAUUUAGGAAUUGAACAAAGUCGUCGUGACGAUAUGGAGUCUUUAGGAUAUGUACUAAUGUACUUCAACAGGGGCACUCUACCAUGGCAGGGACUUAAGGCGGCAACUAAAAAACAAAAAUAUGAGAAAAUCAGUGAAAAGAAAAUGUCAACUCCAGUUGAAGUAUUAUGUAAGGGCUAUCCAGCAGAGUUUGCUAUGUAUUUGAAUUACUGUCGAGGACUACGAUUUGAAGAAGCGCCAGAUUAUAUGUAUUUACGUCAGCUGUUUAGGAUACUAUUCCGCACCCUCAAUUAUCAGUAUGAUUACGUAUUUGAUUGGACAAUGUUGAAACAAAAAGCAGCAGGAAGCUCAUCGGCUGCUCAUGGCUCACAAGCAUUAGCAACAGCAGGGCGAUGAUAGUUUUAAGGAGUGUUUCCAGGGAUCUCGUUCAACAAUCAAACUGUGAUCACUCAUGAUUGAUUGAAGAAACAAAAGAAAACACUUAAUUAUAUAUAGAGUGCUUGAGAAAUAUCCAUUGACACAGUCAUUUCAUUAAUUUCAAAAAAAAAAGAAAAUCAACAUUAUAUUAGAACUUUGAGAAGUUAGAGUGUAAAGUAAGUACCGGGCAAGUGUUUAAAGGACCAUAUGUUGGACAGUAUUGAGGCAUUCACAUUCUAUUUUAUGUCACUUUUUUUAAAGAAAGAGGAAGAAAUACAAUGACUUUUUUGUGUGAUUUUUUUUAUUAUAUAUGAUUAAUAUUGUUAUUUUACAUGGCCUCUGCUACAAGUUCCUUGAGAUGAAAUUUUUUGUUUUUUUGUUUUUCAAAAUCAUUACUUUACAGAAAUAUAUUUGAAAGAAGGUCAACAUGAUUUAAAUAGUUCAAGUUAACAUUAUGCUUAUUAUAUUGAUAUUAUAUAAUUCUGUUGAUAAUGAUAAAACAGGCAAAGUAACCCAAACCAUUCACAAAAUAUGAUAAUGUAAGCAUAAGAGCUUGUAUACAAUAAACUAAUAUAAACCAUAAACACUUAAGAAUAUGUUUCUGAAACAUUUUCAUUAUAUCUUACAGUGGAUAGAAUGUUUGAUUUUUGUAUGCUAUGAAAUGUUAGACUUUUGAUGUUAUAACUCUUUACUUGAGGAAGGUAAAUAAGAUUACAGAAUAGUGUUUAUGCAGUAAAUUAUUCUAAAGAGGGUGGGCCAGGAAAAGGGGGGUGGGGUUAAAGAUGAUUUUUUGCAUAUUGUACAUGACCACCAGUCAUAUUUAUUUUUAAAAUGUAUGUAGUAGGCACAGACAAAGAUUUAGUUGGUUGUAAUUUUAUUCACUUUUUGUUUGUAAUAUAAUUUUUUGUGUUAUUUUCUCUGCCUAUAUUUAUUUAUAUUCUUAAUCUUGUUGUGGAGAACAGGAGAUUCUAUACAAAUGUUGAUACAAAACAUUAAAAGUCUGUCAUUUAACUUUAGUUAUCAUAUGAAGGAACUGAAAUUGCAUUUUCAAGCCAAAAUGAGGUGUUUCAAUGUCACUCUUCUCAGGAAAGUCAUCAUAAAAGAAAUACAUUUUCCAUUUAAUGGAUGGGAAAAUAAAGAUGUAUAAAUUAGACUGAAUGUGGUGAGCUUUUGUCUCGUUAUUAUUUUAAUAUAAUUGUUUUGAAGAACCAGUCUGAAAUCUAAACAGAUUUCUAGUUGUAAAUGAAACCAGUCUAAGUUUUAAUAAAUAAAACCAGUCUAAGUUUUUGUAGAUAAAACCAGUCUUAAGUUUUUUUUA